AGAAAAAAAAUCAAGCAUAAAUGUUUUCACUUUUUUAGCUUUUGUUUUCUCUCUCUCACUCUCUCUUUCUCUCUCACUCUGUCUAAAGUUCAAUCAUUAAAGUCCAAUUACCACCACAACCGCCACCGUCAACACCGACGGAGCAAACUAAUCAAACCAAUCAACAAAUCAAAGCUGUAACAACAGAGGAAACAACAAGAUGAGCGGUAAACAGCCGAUGAGAAUAGACUUGGACGAGAUGCCGGAGACCCCACACCACCGUGGGAUCUACCACCGUAGGGCCCACUCCGACACCUCGUUUCGCUUCGACGACCUUCUCCUCUUCGACCCUUCCGACCUCGACCUGUCGUCGCUCGACCUCCUCCCUUCGCCCAAUCCUACUCCGCCACGUGUCCAAACCAUGUCGGUUGAUUCCUCCGACGAUUCCUCAUCGAACAGCCACCAAAACAACAACAACAACAAUAGCAGUCAAAACCCUCCGAAGCCGAAGCCUAUUAAUCACCUCCGGAGUCUAUCCGUUGACUCUGAUUUCUUCGACAGCUUGGGUUUCACCGCCGCUGCCGGGGGCAGUGGCGGGAAGAGUGCGGCGGUUGGGGGAGGAGUAGGAGGAGGAGGAGAGAAGAGGAGCCACCAUAGGCAUAGUAAUUCGAUGGAUGGGAGUAGUGCGACGUCGUUUGAGAUUGAUUCUGUUAUUGGAGAUGGUGUCAAGAAGGCUAUGGAUCGUGAUCGCCUCGCUGAAUUGGCUCUUAUUGAUCCCAAGAGAGCUAAAAGGAUUCUUGCUAAUAGGCAAUCUGCAGCACGCUCGAAGGAGAGGAAAAUAAGGUAUACUAGUGAGCUAGAGAGGAAGGUGCAGACACUUCAAACCGAAGCAACCACACUGUCAGCUCAGGUCACCAUGUUGCAGAGAGACACUACUGGGUUAACAGCUGAGAAUAAGGAACUCAAACUGCGAUUACAAGCUAUGGAACAACAAUCACAGCUUAGAGAUGGUAGUGUUUUUAUGCUAUAUUCUCAGUUGCAUUAGUUGUCAUACAUCCUCGUUGUUUACAAUAACUA